UAUACUCUAUUUUCAUAAUAAACGUUGCAUUUUUUUUAUUUGAUUUUUUUUCCGAUCAGUGCUCUUGUGUUUUUUUCUCAACCUUUCUUCCCCUCUCCCUCCUUCUCCUACUUAGGGUUCUUCCGAUUCCACUCAUCCAAGAUUUUUGGUCCGUUUUCUGAAUUUGACAACAUGUCAAUGAGUGAGCGGAAAACUAUCGACCUAGACCAAGGAUGGGAUUUUAUGCAUAGGGGUAUCAUGAAGCUCAAGAACAUUCUAGAAGGUUUGCCUGAACCUCAAUUCAGUCCUGAAGAUUACAUGAUGCUCUAUACGACCAUCUAUAACAUGUGCACUCAAAAGCCUCCUAAUGAUUAUUCCCAACAACUGUAUGACAAGUACAAGGAAGCAUUUGAAGAGUACAUCGUAUCAACUGUAUUACCAUCUUUGAGAGAAAAACAUGAUGAAUUUAUGUUAAGAGAACUUGUGAAGAGAUGGGCAAACCAUAAAAUUAUGGUGAGGUGGCUUUCUCGCUUCUUUCACUAUUUGGACCGCUACUUUAUUGCCCGGAGAUCACUUCCACCCCUUAAUGAAGUUGGGUUGGCUUGCUUCCGUGAUUUGGUUUACAAGGAACUACAUGGGAAAAUGAGAGAUGCAAUUAUUUCACUUAUUGAUCAAGAACGCGAGGGAGAGCAGAUUGAUCGAGCUCUAUUAAAGAAUGUAUUAGAUAUAUUUGUUGAAAUUGGAAUGGGGAAAAUGGACCAAUAUGAGAAUGAUUUUGAAGCUGCCAUGCUCCAAGAUUCUUCUGCUUAUUAUUCUCGAAAGGCUUCAAAUUGGAUCCUGGAAGAUUCUUGUCCUGAUUAUAUGCUCAAGGCUGAGGAGUGCUUAAAACGGGAGAAAGACAGGGUUGCUCAUUACUUGCACUCUAGUAGUGAGCCAAAGUUAUUGGAGAAAGUUCAACAUGAACUGUUGUCUGUGUAUGCAAGUCAACUCCUCGAGAAAGAGCACUCAGGAUGUCAUGCUCUACUUAGAGAUGAUAAGGUUGACGACUUAUCAAGGAUGUUUAGGCUAUUUUCUAAAAUACCCCGUGGCUUGGAUCCUGUUUCUAGUAUAUUUAAGCAGCAUGUUACUGCCGAAGGCAUGACAUUGGUGAAGCAUGCUGAAGAUGCAGCUAGUAACAAAAAGGCAGAUAAAAAGGAUAUUGUUGGUGCGCAGGAGCAGGUUUUUGUUCGGAAUGUGAUUGAGCUGCAUGACAAGUACCUGGCAUAUGUGAACUCAUGCUUCCAGAAUCACACUCUUUUCCACAAGGCUCUUAAAGAGGCUUUUGAAGUCUUUUGCAACAAAGGUGUUGCUGGAAACUCUAGUGCUGAACUUCUUGCCACUUUUUGUGAUAACAUUCUCAAGAAAGGAGGAAGUGAGAAAUUGAGUGAUGAAGCAAUUGAAGAAACUCUUGAAAAGGUGGUAAAGUUGCUCGCCUAUAUUAGUGACAAAGACUUGUUUGCUGAGUUCUAUAGGAAGAAGCUUGCUCGAAGGCUUCUUUUUGACAAGAGUGCCAAUGAUGAUCACGAGAGAAGCAUUUUGACGAAAUUGAAGCAACAGUGUGGUGGACAGUUUACCUCAAAGAUGGAAGGAAUGGUUACAGAUUUGACCCUGGCGAAAGAGAAUCAAACUAGCUUUGAGGAUUAUUUACAUAAUAAUCGUAAUGCAGACCCUGGAAUAGACUUGACAGUUACAGUUCUGACUACUGGCUUCUGGCCUAGUUACAAAUCUUUUGAUCUCAAUCUUCCUGCAGAAAUGGUUAGGUGCGUUGAAGUUUUCAAAGAAUUUUAUCAAACUAAAACAAAGCACAGAAAGCUUACAUGGAUUUACUCCUUGGGUACCUGCAACAUAAGUGGGAAAUUUGAUCCAAAAACUGUGGAGCUUGUUGUCACAACCUACCAGGCUUCGACAUUGCUGCUUUUUAAUUCCUCAGAUCGACUGAGUUAUUCUGAGAUAAUGACUCAGUUAAACUUAUUGGAUGAAGAUGUCAUUAGACUGCUCCACUCCUUGUCAUGUGCAAAGUAUAAGAUUCUUAUCAAGGAACCAAACACAAAAACGAUAUCACCCACUGAUUAUUUUGAAUUCAAUUCGAAGUUUACUGACAAAAUGAGGAGGAUCAAGAUUCCUCUACCUCCUGUGGAUGAGAAGAAAAAAGUAAUUGAGGAUGUUGACAAGGAUAGAAGAUAUGCUAUUGAUGCCUCAAUUGUGCGCAUUAUGAAGAGUCGUAAAGUUUUGGGCUACCAACAAUUAGUUAUGGAGUGCGUUGAGCAGUUGGGUCGCAUGUUUAAGCCUGAUGUCAAGGCAAUUAAAAAGCGGAUUGAAGAUUUGAUUUCCCGAGACUACUUGGAAAGAGACAAAGAAAAUCCAAAUAUGUUCAAGUACUUAGCUUGAUGUAGUCAUAUGACUGGGCAAAUGAAGUGGUUGUUGCAACUAGCAAAACUAGAGGGCCAUGCUUGAACUUUAGCCUCAUAAAAGAAGAGUUUUUUCUAAAAGUUUUCUCAAAAGAGGAGCUGCGAGUGCAGACUAUUGUUGUGGAUGUAUGCUCAAGUUGGGACACUAAUCAAUCCCAUUGAGUUGUUCCUGCUUACCGGUACCUUCACCAACUUUUUUGCUUUUGAUUGCUGCAAUUCCAUCUCACAACUUAUUUUAUGCCCAUCUUCUGUUAAUCCCCCCACCCCCCAAAAAAACAACAAAAAAGUAUUGUUAUUGUAGCUUCAGUGAAACUGUAUUUCUAUUAUCUGCUUAGAAAUCUUCAUGUGAAUGGAUGUCUUUUAAAUCUCAAAGCAACAGCUAUGGUGCUUUACAUAA